AUUUUUUUUUCCCCCAAAAAAAAGUACAAGGUGGUUGCGGUGGGGGGACGUGUCGCGCUGUCUAUAGGCAGAUCGGAGGGGGAUUUCAUUGUCAUUUUCGACCCAUUGUGAUUUGAAAGAGAGUGGGCGGAUUGCAGUGGCGGGGAUUAGUGUGUCUGCCCAAUUGCAGCACUCGGUCUCCUGAGAGCAGAGGCACUCUCCACACAACACUCAACUAUUAGCACAGCAACUCCCAACAACUCCAAACCACGGCUCCGUCAUGAAAGAGAGGCAAAAAACACACAUCUAACACUCCUCGGGCCCGGCAAGACACUGAACGAGGCUGAGCGAGCACUGCCAAGGAUCUCACACAAAGACCGAGAUUACAGAUUAGUAGAUAUCACAUUAUAAUAAAAAAAAGCAGGAAAGAAAAAAAAAAACAGGAAUUUAUGCAGAGGGCAACCAUGAUCAUCUUUUCAUCCCGCAGUGUGAUCCUGUCAGUUUACUACCCGCAGAUCUUUCUGAUCCUCACCAGCGGAAGUUAUCUAGCCUUGUCCUCGGUGGUGGCUUUGGGAGCGAAUAUUAUCUGCAACAAGAUCCCGGGUCUGGCGCCCCGGCAGCGGGCGAUCUGUCAGAGCCGUCCCGAUGCCAUCAUAGUGAUCGGGGAAGGCGCGCAGAUGGGAAUCAAUGAAUGUCAGUACCAGUUCAGGUACGGCCGCUGGAACUGCUCAGCGCUCGGAGAGAAGACAGUCUUUGGACAGGAACUCAGAGUGGGGAGCCGAGAAGCAGCGUUCACAUAUGCAAUCACUGCAGCCGGUGUAGCUCAUGCUGUGACUGCUGCCUGCAGUCAGGGAAACCUGAGCAACUGUGGGUGUGACCGAGAGAAACAGGGCUACUACAACCAGGAGCAGGGCUGGAAAUGGGGAGGCUGCUCGGCAGACAUCAAAUAUGGGAUUGAGUUCUCCCGGAGAUUUGUUGAUGCAAGAGAGAUCAAGAAAAACGCCCGGAGACUGAUGAACCUGCAUAAUAACGAAGCUGGCAGAAAGAUCCUGGAUGAAAGAAUGAAGCUGGAAUGCAAAUGUCAUGGUGUUUCUGGUUCAUGCACGACCAAGACAUGUUGGACAACUCUUCCCAAAUUCAGAGAAAUUGGGUACGUUUUGAAAGAAAAAUACAAUGAGGCUGUUCACGUGGAAGCAGUGAGAGCAACCCGUCUACGGCAGCCCACCUUUCUCAAAAUCAAGAAGCCCAGGACCUAUCGAAAACCAAUGGACACAGAUUUAGUUUAUAUCGAACGAUCACCAAACUACUGUGAGGAGGACAGAUCGACAGGGAGCGUGGGGACGCAGGGGCGGUUGUGUAACCGCACUUCACAGCAUGGAGAUGGCUGUGACCUGAUGUGCUGUGGCAGGGGCUAUAACACCCACCAGUACACCAAAGUCUGGCAGUGCAACUGUAAGUUCCACUGGUGCUGCUUCGUCAAGUGCAAUACGUGCAGCGAAAGGACGGAGGUGUUCACCUGCAAAUGAGGAAGUGAUCGACACAGAUAGAGACACUUCGUCCUAGAGAAUGAGGGACAGACAAAGAGAGAGUGACAGACAGACACAUACAGACAGACCGAGAGGAAGCAAGCAAGAAGAAAAAGAAAAAGUGGAAUUUGAAAACAUCUCAGCACAGCAUCAUUUUGCACAUCACCUUUUUUCACAAGAAUAACAUAAAAUGACCCUUUGCUUGAAAGGAUGUUGCAUCUUGAUUGGCUGAUGUUUCCAUCUUGCAUUCAUCUCAAAACUGGAGUCAGAUGCAAUUGGAUACAAAUGGUGCCACUUGAACCCUGCAGCGAUUGCCAUGGACUCUGGGAGCUGCAGUCUAUUUUUACGGCUAGUCUGACAUCUGUGGUACAAGUUGGAGGUGACCAUUCUACAACUUCCAGAAUGCCACGCACUUUACCAUCUCUCUUCCCUA